CCCAACUCAACAACAAACUUUGCCCCCCGUAUAUACGGUGUAUUUAUACACUCGCUUUUUCUACGACGCGUGUUUGAUGACGUGGAUUUUGCCUUGGCGCUCUCUUUCUUCUUCAUCUCCCACAGCCCCCUUCCCCCCUUCUCUCACAUCUCUUCUUCUCUACGAAUUUAAAAUUAAAAAAAAAUAAAAGGGCUUCAAUCUUUUCUCUCUGUUUCUAAGUGAAGAUAAUGCAGUCUUUUUGACUAUUUUGUUUAAGAAUUUCUCGUAUACUCCCUCCCCUUUUUUUUUUUUUCAAUUGAAGAUAGUCUAAUUAUUGCUGUGAAUUAUUGUUUGGCUGCUAAGGGAAGGAAGAAUUUCGAAUUUCAGAUUUGUAAGUGACAGAUAGAGGUGAACGAACUUCUAGAAAUUAGGUUUCAACUUGGGUGCUUGACCAUGGGAAACAAUGAUGAAGGAAAGUCCUCUAAGUCUGACAAAUCAUCUUCACUGGCUCCAACGGAUCAGACCAAUAUUCAUGUCUAUCCCGAUUGGGCAGCCAUGCAGGCAUAUUAUGGUCCUCGAGUCACUAUGCCACCAUAUUAUAAUUCAGCUGUGGCGUCUGGCCAUGCUCCUCCCCCCUAUAUGUGGGGUCCACCACAGCCUAUGAUACCACCUUAUGGGGCACCUUAUGCAGCAAUCUACUCGCAUGGGGGAGUUUAUGCACAUCCUGCUGUUCCUCUGACCAUUAUAAUGCAGGCUACGGCCCCAGUGGAAACACCUACAAAGUCCUCAGGAAAUACAGAACGAGGUUUAGUGAAGAAGCUGAAACUUGCAAUGUCAAUAGUCAAUGGUACUGCUGAGAAUGCAGAGGGUGGGCCUGAACCCAGACUGUCCCAGAGUGUGGGGACUGAAGGUUCCACUGAUGGUAGUGAUAGUAAUACAACUGGGACGGAUCAAUCUAGAUGGAAAAGAAGCAGGGAGGGAACACCAACCAUUGCAGGUGGAGAUGGGAAAAAUGAGGCAAAGUCUAAUGCAGUUGUUGUGGGGGAGGUGACUGCAACCGUUUCUCCUAAACCACUUGGAACUGUACUUUCUCCUGGCAUGACCACAGCUUUGGAGCUUAGAAACCCUUCCACCAUUAAUGCCAAGUCCAGUCCUACAAGUUUACCUUGUGGAGUAAUGCCUUCUGAAGUCUGGUUGCAGGCUGAGACGGAAGAGCUUGCACGUAAAGUUGAAUCCUUGACUGCUGAGAAUGCAGCACUCAGAUCUGAAAUAAAUCAACUAAGUGAAAAAUCGGAGAAACUAAGACUGGAAAAUGCUACAUUAGUGGAGGGUCUGAAAAGUGGUAAGCUAGGACACGCGCAGGAAAUUAUAAUGAACAAGAAAGAAGAUCAAGAGGGUGAAAUGUACGAGAAAAAGUCAAACUCUGGUGCCAAGCUGCAUCAACUCUUGGAUGCGAGUCCUAGAGCCGCCGAUGCCGUGGCUGCCGGCUGAGCAAGGAACAGAGUUCCACCUGAGUUAUUGUUGACAUGAAAUUGGAGGAAAUCACGUAGCUUUAGCAUAAUUAAAAGCCCAAAACUAUUGCUAACAGUUAGCGGAGGAAUGAAAUAGUUUGUUAGGAUUGAACUAUGUUUUGGACAGCUCUUCACUUGUAAGUUAGCUUUCUGAAGUGUUUUAUUUGAAUAUCAGAGUGCUGAGAAAGCCCUGAAAAGGUAGUGUACAUUAACGAGAAUCAAGUGUUUCAGUUUAUGACAGGGAAACCUUCCCACAUGUAAUGCAAAUUUUAAUCGACUAGCGGUACAAGACUAAUGUGAUGUGUGAAAUGAGAAGUUGUGCUUGACUUUGUAAGUACAUAUGUUUACCUCUGUGGCCCCAAAUGAGUAAACAAUGUCGAAUAGUUGUUUGUGGGCUGAAUGUUUUAGGUGUCGUUAGAUCAGGGCAGUGAUAAGAAGUGGGCCAUGAGGCCCAUCUAAUGUGGUUCAAGAACCCUUGAGAAGGGGGGAAGAAAAGUUUGGCUUUGAGGCAAAAUUGUUCUUCAUGGAAUUUGGGUAUAGAGUAAAGGUAUGGGCUUUAAAUUUCUUUAACAAGUUUAACGUUAGCCCAUGGAGAAUAUUGAAUAGAGCUUUGUUUUAUUUUUAAGAAAUUGGAUGCUUUUUGUAAGAGCGAAGGAAGAAGGGAAAAAAACAAAAAAAAGAAAAGAAAAUAGUGAAACGUGCACUCAAGUCUCAAUGGGGAUGGGGCCAUGUAGGGCAUCAAUACAUGGAUGUGGGGCCACAAACAAAGUCUAGGGUUGAAGGCUGCCAAUGACUCAAACCCUAAUCCAUAAGUCAUUUACGACAUUACCCUUUCACACAUUGCCACCUUUUGUCCUCGACAUGAUUCCCACCUCU